UCAGCCAAUAAGACACCAAUUUCAGGUCUUUCUUCUCCAAAGAAUAUGGCCGACAUUUUGAUACCGCUGUCAUGAAGAUUUCCCAGUGACAAAUUCUAACUUUGUAGUUCUUCAUGCACGGUUUUAUGUUCCAAUAAAGUUUUAUUUUUUUUAAUUCCGUAGUCGGUGUUUAGUGUAAGCUACUGUUUUUUAUUAAUAUGGCAGCUGAUCGCGAAAUAGCUGCUGAAGACAGCAUUAGAGUCGUAUGCCGAUUUCGGCCACUCAAUGACUCUGAAGAAAAAGCUGGUUCCAAAUUCAUCGUGAAAUUCCCUUCAGGACCUGACGAUAAUUGCAUUUCCAUAGGGGGUAAAGUAUAUUUGUUUGACAAAGUCUUCAAACCCAAUGCAACCCAAGAAAAGGUUUAUAAUGAAGCAGCCAAAAGUAUUGUGUCAGAUGUACUUGCUGGCUAUAACGGAACCAUAUUUGCCUACGGACAGACUAGUUCGGGAAAAACACAUACUAUGGAGGGUGUCAUAGGGGAUCCAGGAAAACAGGGUAUUAUUCCACGAAUAGUCAGCGAUAUAUUCAACCACAUUUACGCAAUGGAAGAGAACCUUGAAUUUCAUAUUAAAGUGUCCUAUUUUGAAAUCUAUAUGGACAAAAUCAGGGACCUUCUAGAUGUUUCAAAGGUCAACCUCAGUGUUCAUGAAGACAAAAACAGAGUCCCAUUUGUAAAAGGUGCUACUGAAAGAUUUGUGUCAAGUCCAGAGGAAGUGUUUGAAGUUAUAGAGGAAGGAAAAUCAAAUAGGCAUAUUGCAGUAACAAAUAUGAAUGAACAUUCAUCCAGAUCUCAUUCUGUUUUUCUGAUAAAUGUUAAACAAGAAAAUUUAGAAAAUCAAAAAAAGUUAUCAGGAAAACUAUAUCUUGUGGACUUGGCUGGAUCUGAAAAGGUUUCUAAAACUGGUGCUGAAGGUACUGUGCUUGAUGAAGCCAAAAAUAUUAACAAGUCAUUAUCUGCCUUGGGUAAUGUAAUAUCUGCAUUAGCUGAUGGCAACAAAUCCCACAUCCCUUACAGGGAUUCCAAGCUGACCCGUAUCCUUCAAGAAUCACUUGGUGGUAACGCCAGGACAACAAUUGUUAUUUGUUGUUCUCCUGCUUCAUUUAACGAGAGUGAAACAAAGAGUACACUUGACUUUGGUAAAAGGGCAAAAACAGUCAAGAAUGUUGUAUGUGUCAAUGAAGAGCUCACAGCGGAAGAAUGGAAGCGUCGUUAUGAAAGGGAAAAGGAGAAGGUGGCUAGGUUAAAAGGAAAGGUUGAAAAACUUGAAGCAGAAGUCAAUCGUUGGCGAUCUGGAGAGACAGUACGCCCAGAGGAGCAAGUCAAUCUUGUCGAGAUUGAAGCUGUCACUCCUGUUACAUCUUUCAUUGAAGAGAAACCUCCAGUUGCGCCCGUACCAGUGGCUGUGUCGAGCGCGGUGGAAGACGCGGCCAUGCAAGGCAAGUUGGAGGCUCUGUACCAACAACUGGACGAUAAGGACGAGGAGAUCAACCAGCACUCUCAGCUAGUGGAAAAACUGAAAGAGCAAAUGAUGGAGCAAGAGGAACUCAUCGCGUGUACAAGACGCGACUAUGAGGCGUUGCAAGGCGACAUGAACCGUAUUCAGCAAGAAAACGAAGCCGCUAAGGAGGAAGUCAAAGAGGUUCUUCAGGCGCUUGAAGAGCUCGCUGUCAACUAUGACCAGAAAUCACAGGAGGUGGACAGCAAGAGCCGGGAAUGCGAUCAACUUUCUGAAGAGUUGCAGACUAAGCAGAGCGCUUUGACGACUGCAACUGGCGAACUGCAACAACUUCGAGACCUAUCCGCACACCAACGCAAACGUAUCGCUGAACUCCUGACCAACUUACUGCGAGACCUUGCCGAGAUCGGGGCAGCCGUGGGCGGUUCCGAGCUGGACUUCAAGCUUAACGUGGACACAGUUGGCAAACUAGAGGAAGAAUUCACGGUAGCCCGUUUGCACAUUAGCAAGAUGAAGAGCGAGGUCAAGAACAUCGUGCAGCGCUGCCAUUCGCUGGAAUCCGCUAACAUUGACGCGAAUCAGAAGAUUGAAGAGUACGAGCGGUCGCUGGGCGAAUGCCGGCUGCUAAUCUCCCAGCACGAGGCGCGCUGCGCUUCGUUGGCGGAGUCGAUGCGCGAGGCGGAGAACAAGAAGCGACAACUCGAAGAGGCGGCCGACGCCUUGCGCGAGGAGUGUGCGCGUUUACAGGCAGCAGAGCGCGUUCAGCUGGCAGCGGCUGAGCAGCGUGCGGACACGCAGGUGCGAGCAGCGCUUGAAGCGCAGCUGGAACAACUACGCGCUUCGCACGCUACGCAACUCGCUGCGCUGCGCGAUGAGCUCGCGGCCAUGCAGAGACAGCACCAGGAGCUUAAGGACACAUACCAAGAGCUGACGUUGGCACGGCAGCAGUUGCAGGACGACUACGAGAAGCUCAAGCGCGAGGAGGCCGACAAGUCCGCCAAACUCAAGGAGCUCAUCCAAAGUGUGGAGAGACGCGAACAAGCCCGCGCCGACCUCAAAGGUUUGGAAGAUACUGUGGCUAAGGAGUUGCAGACAUUGCACAAUUUGCGGAAAUUGUUCGUACAAGAUCUGCAGGCGAGGAUAAAGAAAUCAACGAAUUCAGAGGAGGGUGCCGAAGAGGAGGGCGGUUCUCUCGCCCAGAAGCAAAAGAUCUCGUUCCUGGAGAACAAUCUAGAACAAUUAACAAAGGUGCACAAGCAGUUGGUGCGCGACAAUGCGGACCUGCGCUGCGAACUGCCCAAACUAGAGAAGAGACUGCGUGCGACCAUGGAGCGAGUCAAGGCUCUGGAAACUGCACUCAAGGAGGCUAAGGAGGGGGCGAUGCGCGACCGUAAGAGGUACCAGUUCGAGGUUGACAGAAUCAAGGAGGCCGUACGAGCGAAGAAUCUGGCCCGAAGAGGCGUGCAGGCACAAAUUGCGAAACCGAUCCGCGCUGGCGGCGGUCACUUGGUGGGCUCUGGCGCAGCUGGAGUGGUGCGACCUGCGCCUGCGCAAGAUAUCAAGCGAAAAUCUAUUAUUGUCGGCGCACGCGAUGAGAGUUGAAGAGAUAGCCGUUACGUCAUAGAGAAUCUAAAUGAAACUUCAUAAUUGUACCUAGAAUAAGGCGGCAAAAAUCAUUCUCGAAAAAUAUAUCCAUAAUAUAAUUCUACUUAUAUGAAAAGCCUAAUAUAAGCUACAACAAAAUAAUAAAAAGUAUCGUAGUUCUCUAGGCUUAACGUUUCGAGCUGUCUAAUCUUAACGUCGAUAAGUGCACAUGUAUUUAAAAAGAUUAUAGCUUCUAGCAAUCGUCAGUCUGUGUCUAUACUGAUUCGCUAUUUUUAAUAAAAGAAAAAGAUUGAAAAAAAUUACCUUUAUUAAUAUAAAGUAUAGGCACAGUUUUAAAAUUACAGUUUAGGCAUUAGAUUCAUUCAUGAAAGUAUUAUUUUGUCUACUCGUCGAUCGGAAGUUGAAUCUUUUAUGUCGCUUACCAUAUUAGAUCAGUACUGAAAAAUACAAGAUGGCACACCUCGCAAGCGAUGGUUUCGAGUAAACUAAUUUCAUGGGAAAACGGCCAUAAUGCUUCUUGUUUUAAAGUUAGAUUUCGCCAAUAAUUUUGAAUCAUCGCCUCGAGCUGGAAUAUAUGAUACACAAAACUUGUAUUUCACAAGGUAUCCAAUGUAGAUCUUUAGACGAACUUGACGUUUUAGUGUUUUGAUACUUGAAAACUAAUCGAGGCCUGCGCGGUUUGCGAUCUCUAAGAGUAAAUAUAAAAUGAAAUAUUUUUAUGAAAUGACAAGUAUUAAAUUUAGUUUAAAAUGGAAGUGCUUUCUUGCAUUUUGUGUUGGACAUAAUAUUCUGAUAAGUGUCUAUCGGGAAGAAAUGGCAUGCCGUUCGAAGUGGGAGAUACAUCGUCAGUACAAAAAAAAAAACACCGAGCCAGUUACCAAUAUAAAAAUGGCAGAGCCGCCAUUUCUUCUCUGUUAGAUGCCCAGAACUUUACUAGAUGCUGUACUGUACAUCAGUAUGUUAAUAAUACGCUGUGAGUUAUUUGCAAUCUUGCAUAUGCUGCCGCACAAAUUAAGAAAAAAAGAAAAUAAAAAAAAAUUAAAUAAAAAAAUAUCACGUUAACCUCAUGGUUGUUGCAUUGCAAGUGUGGUGGCAAAUGCAUACCGGAGUGCAUCUUCAAUGUGUAGUUAUAUAAGCUUCUUUUAAUAUAUAUUUUUAUAUAUUGUGAUAAGAGUUGUUAUGCCGACAUGCGAGCAUUUAAUAAGUUAACGAAACAAUAACUUUGAUGUGAAGUAAGGUGUCAUGUAUGUUUAGGUCUUCUGUAACUACGGUCCCGACAGAGUUGGUCUUGCGUGCGUGCGUGCCUUGGCGACUUGCUGCUAUUAGCAAGUUCUCAGCUUCUAGGCACUGAUUGCGCCAGAUGGAUUCGCGAAAUUUUAGUGGGUGAUUUUUGUAUUCAUGGCAUAAUAUGAAAAUCUCUUUCAACUGAAAAAAAUAUUAUUCUGGUUUAUUACAAUUAUUAAUCCACCAAUGCAAAGACAUACCAAAUGUUUGUUUUGUCGCAGUCUACUCAGCGUUGUUACAUUUAAUCUUACACUUAUACACAACGUCGUUAUUUCAAACUCUCGUUUAUAAUAAUGCUCUAUGUACACCUUAGCUUUUGAGCUGUGAUGUUUUAGUGACAGAAUUGCGCUUGCACGAUGGUAAUUGUAGUCAUGUAUUUAUUAAAUAAAGCUUUAUGUGAAGCUUUCUUUCUAGCAGUACACGUCCAUUGCAUACGCACUGUUAUAUUUUGCCGAAUAUCGACAGAUCCCUUGUGCUUAUGAUUUUUUUUAUAUUAUAAUAAGUCUGAUCCGAAUGCGCCUUCUAUUUGGUUAAAGUUCUCUAUUUGCUUUUACGAUGCAUUAGCUUUUUAGUAGAUCUGUAACUUAUGUUAGUACUUAUGGAAUAAUCACGUUUGACCGCAGUCCGGUACGGGCACGUACGUGCUCUGAGGAGUUAUGGAACUCGCGACCGCGUGCUUCAGGAAACCAAAGAUAAAUCACAACUGUUACGUUGAUUGAUCGAGAGAUUAAUUAAUUAUUACCAACUGAAAUUUUUAUUAUAAGCCCCGAUUUACUUGACGGUUCCAGAGCUCCUUGAUGUGUUGCAAUACAUUUUUAUCAUUUAGGUGUAAAGUGUAGUAAAUUAUUUCAUACUUAAGUUAGAUACUCGAUUUUAAUAUUUUUUAUUUAUUUGUACUACAUUAAACCUAAAUUAUCAACUUUUGUUUUUCACUUUUGAAGUGUUAAUACGCUUUUUACAUACCUCUAUUUACAUUUUAUAUCAUGAUCAAAUGCAUAUUUUUUCAUUCGAAAUUGGGAGUCGCCUACAAAGAUGCAUUCCACGUGGAAGGAAGUUAUGUAUCUUUGUUUAUCUAUAAGUUACUUUCUCGUUAUGUAGAUAAAAUGAGGCUAUCCUCGGUUUCACUCGCCUGUUGCAUAGAUAGCUCAAAGUGGAGGUGGGGACGCUCUAGGGCGAAACCAGACCGACAGGCUUGCCUUUGCACCAAGUGAUUUAGUUUGUAUUGACAUCUUUUGUAUGAUGUAUUUAAUAUAUGGAAAAUUCUCAGAACGAGUGUUUUCUUGAUUUUUAUUUAUUAUAAAAAUAAAAUUAUGAAUUUAAUUUGC